GCUCUACCUAGGCUAAUGUGACGAUACAAACUUACUGUGUGCUGUUACUGGCUCUUACUACCGAUUUGUUGCUAUCGAGCGGUCACGUUGGCUGUUGUUAGCAGCGUUUGUUCGUUUCUUCUCGCUUGUGUGUUGUAUGUUUGUUGUGUGCUGCAGCUGUUGUUUGCUCGUUUCAACGGUUAAACUCGAUCUCAAAGAAAUCGACAGUGAUCAUCGUUCCGUAAUAACAAAACUACAACAUUAAUAGCUACACAUAGCUGGCCGUUAUCGUCGUUUAAUUUGCCGUAAUAAUUCGUACAGUUUAAAUUACUUUUGUCCGCGUUUUCAACGCUUAUGUGAUGUGCAGGCUCGACAAGUGUCCCUCCUAAUAAUAAUAAGUGAUCGUAAUCGUCCGCUCACGCAGCCAGUAUCGACUUGGAUUUUAAUUUUUUUCUCCACUGUUCUGGUAACAUUUAAUAACACUGGGGCGCAAGGCAGCACAGGACGCCGCGAUGGUGGACUACUACAGGGUCCUCGAAGUAACACGCGGCGCAACUUCCGCUGAAAUCAAAAAGGCAUAUCGAAGACUCGCAUUAAAAUGGCACCCUGACAAGAAUCCCCAGAAUUCAGAUGAAGCUACCAAAAAAUUUAAAGAAAUCUCCGAAGCUUAUGAAGUGUUAUCUGACGACUCCAAACGAAAAUUAUAUGAUAAUCGGUCAUACCAGAGGACGGCCAAUAACAAGACCUCACGCACAUACAGAAGUUACUUUGAUCCACCUUUCCAUCGUUUCUUCGACAAAAAGAGGCGCAUGUACGACCAGUAUGGAAAGGAAGGGUUGUUGAAUGGUGGUGCACGUUCUAGACGAUACGACGAUGACUACGACAUGGGAAUGGGUUUCGGAUUCGGGUUCACUUUCAGAGAUCCCGAGGAAGUUUUUAGGGAAUUUUUCGGCGGAACUCCGUUUGCUGAUCUCUUUGCUGAAUUAAGCGAUCAUGGUUCAUCACACAGAAGUCGACAUAGAAACGGCCGUAAUUCACAGAACGCGGUCACGUCCCUGUUCAGUCCUUUCGGGGGUUUCGGUCUAGGAUUAAGCGAUAGCCUGAUGGAGAACUUCCUGGCCACUCCGGGCGGCUUCACGUCGUUCAGCAGCGUCAACAGCACCUUCGCCAACGGCUCGCCCGGUUCCACGAACGUCAAGAGGACGUCCACGUCGACGAGGUUCGUCAACGGAAAGAAAAUCACCACGAAAAAGGUGUACGAGAAUGGAAAAGAAACGGUCAUGACAUACGAGAACGAUAUUCUUAAAUCAAAGACUGUAAAUGGAGUUCCUCAGAGCCUGACGUACAGUUAAUUGUGUCACGGUCGGCCCGCUCGGCGGCCCCCCCAUCACACAUCCCUGUUAAGUAACGUAACGUAAAAUUUAUCAUACCCCGUCGCUCUCCCGCCCUUAUUCCCGCGUCCAUUCCUCUUUUUUUUUUUAAUUAAUAUUAUUACUAUUACUAUUACUUUGAUUAUUAUUAUUAUUAUUAUUAUUGUAAAACGAACGAUGAUUAUGAUGAUGAUGAUGAUGAUGAUGGUAACUGUUGUUUAUAUGAAACCCACUUACAAUACGUGAAAUGACUUUUUAUUAUUACAAUAGUUAUUAACUUUUACUAUUAUUAUCGUAAGGACCGACGGAUACAUGUGAAUUUAAAAAUUAUUACUAGUACAUAUUCCAUUUUAGAAAAAACAAAAAAAAAACAGAAAGCAAACAAAAAAAUAACUGUGCGGCUUCUUUCUCGCCAACAAA